AACCAUGGGUUUUGGUGGUUCUACUGCUGCUGCCAACUCAAAAAAUGCCUUGAUAGCCUUUUUAACUCCCCUUCCCUCCAUACUCUUCUACCUUUCCUUCCUGAACCACCAUUAUCUUUUCACUUCUUCUGAUAGUAAGGGUGCAUGGCUUUCUCAGGUUCCUCUUUGGACAUGGUGUUAUCAGCACCCUCUUCUUUUGGUCAACCCCCUUUUCUUCCUCAACGUCAAUGUACUCUUCUGGCUUAUCGGCCAUAUUCAGAACAGCCACUGGAUGAUUGAUUUGUAUUGGACGGUAAUACCGGUGAUGCUUGUUCAUUACUAUGCAAGUCACCCUUUCUCUCAUUAUAACUGGUGGAGGUCGAGGAUCACGAUCUUGAUGACUUGGGUGUGGAGUGUAAGGCUUAACCAUAACUAUUUCAGGCGUGAAGGCUGGCAGUGGGGCGCCAGAGAGGACUGGAGGUUCACCGACAUGCGCCGACAGUACGGCAAGCACUGGUGGUGGGUUUCCUUUUUCGCCAUUUACGCUGCUCAACAGGUAUUUCUAGUUGGAGUUAGCCUCCCAUUAUAUGUUGUCCACUCCGUCGACAAACCUUUGAACAUCUGGGAUUUAACUGCCGUCGUUGUCUCUCUGUGCGGAAUCGUUGUCGCGUACAAUGCAGACACGCAACUUCAUGACUUUGUGACUAGAAACAUCAAACUAAAGGAGAUGGGAAAGCCAAUGGUACCAAUCCUCGACAAGGGCUUGUGGAACUAUUCUAGGCAUCCAAAUUACUUUGGAGAGCAGUUGUGGUGGUGGGGACUAGUAAUAUUUGCAUGCAAUUCGGGACAUGGAUGGACCUUUUUCGGAGCACUUAUAAAUAGUCUUUGCUUAGCUUAUGUGACUAAGCUUGUGGAGGACCGGAUGGUGAAGCAAGAUUACAGAGCUGAGGCAUACAGGCUGUACCAGAAGACAACCUCAGUAUGCAUUCCUUGGUUUAGGUCUUCCACCAUAGGAAAACGAGAUAAAAACAAUUGAUUUGAUUGUUCGUUAAUCGCUAAGAUCUGGUAGUUAUAUAUAUAGAUCAGCAUUAUCCAGCUUUAUAUCAAGUGUUGCUGCAAUUUCUAGACUUGUUUGUUUAGUUUCUAUUUCAAGAAGAAGAUGGGUUAUGUUUUGGCUGUUAACACUAUGAUAGGAGCAUAAAUGUAUUUUUCUUGUAGAACUGAUUUUGAGGUCAUUAUAAAAUCAA